AUGUCUAACAGGAUUCCGGAUGUCGCGAAAUGCUGCGGUUGUGUGACGGACUUAAAAACCGCCGUGGCCAUCAUAGCUGUACUUGGGAUUGUAACAUGCCCAGCUGUAUCGUGGGUGAUCGUAAGACACGCCUACGCAAUCCGCGUUUCCUGCGUCAUGAGCACAAGCGGAACACGGCCUGACGUCAUUGAUAUAAACUUUCGCAAUGUUCUAAGCUUCGGUUUUGGCACUAACGCAGGUUUCGGAUCAUCGUGCCUAAGCCCUAACUCGACGCACUUAUCUGAGCAUGUGCAAAAACUUACUGCGAAUGGCUCGACAAAGAAUUCUGAUAGCGGCAUAGUGCGUUGCGUGAGAUACUUCGGCUGGAUUGUACUUAUUGCUGAUUUAGUGUUCGUGAUUAGUUGUACUGUUUUCCUCAUUAAAUUAUUCAAGGGAAGAGACAUAAAAGCUGGUAAAAUUUUCAUGUAUGCAGCAAUGACGUCGGUUGUGUUAUCAUUCCUGUACGGAAUCUUUUACGUUUUUGUGUGUAUAUCACUAGGAAGUGGAUUUCCAAUAAACGAGCUAUUUUUUAUUAUCUUUGAUUUAAUCGUGUGGACCUACUUUAUAAUAGUAAUUAAAUCCUACAGAAAUAAAAGGACAGCAAAUGGGAUGGGAGAAAUUAGAAACGUUUAA